CGUGGCCUCCAGGGCCCCAGGACCGCGGCAAUCACAUCUCAUGGCUAUGGCAGUGCAGCUUUCAAAAGCAUGCGGUGCUCAACACUUGGGAGACCAUAACUCGUCAUUACUGCAGAACCGUUUCUAGUUCAUGGUGCACAGGAGCGCAAGUACUCGGGACCAGCCAUGAAAAAGAGGAUCGAUCCCAUCAAACCGAGUGUGUGUGUGUGGUCCACAGGGGCAACCCCACGGUAACCAGCAACCCUGGUCUCCCACGGGACCACGGGUCAAAAAGGUCCCCCCAGUAGCCCUCCAGGCCCCGCUACCGCCCCGAGGGGAGCACGGUGCCGGCUGCCUCCGCCUGGGGCCUCCCUGCCACGUCUCUGGCGGGGGAUGGAGUCACUCACAACCGGGCCUCUUUCUACCAGGGACCAGGACCGUGCGGGCCCGCGGCCACGGUGACGAGGAGAGGGGCCCGCGGCACUGCUGGCUGCAGUGCGCAGGGGAGGACGAGCUCCCGCGGCCCUGCCGACCGACGAGCUGUCCCCGCCGAGCCCGGCCUAGGCCACGCGACCGCCGCCUGCCCGGAACCCAGCGCCGGCCGCCGCGAGCGGAGACUGACGGCUGUCUCCUCCAAUCGCGCUCCCCUCGCAGCCAAUCGGCGGAGAGGACGGCCGAGGGCGGGGCUGCCGGAGGGCGGGUGACGGGAGACGGCGGCGCACGCGGCCUUUCCUUUCCUUUUCUGCGGGCCGCGGAGGAGGCAGCGCCAUGAAGGCGUCAGGCACCCUACGGGAGUACAAGGUGGUCGGGCGAUGCCUGCCCACGCCGAAAUGCACGACCCCUCCUCUCUACCGCAUGCGGAUCUUCGCUCCGAACCAUGUUGUCGCCAAGUCCCGGUUCUGGUACUUCGUUUCUCAGCUGAAGAAGAUGAAGAAGUCUUCUGGAGAGAUUGUGUACUGUGGCCAGGUGUAUGAGAAGUCCCCUCUGCGGGUAAAAAAUUUUGGCAUUUGGUUGCGCUAUGAUUCUCGUAGCGGAACUCACAACAUGUACAGGGAGUACAGGGAUUUGACUACGGCUGGUGCUGUCACUCAGUGCUACCGUGAUAUGGGAGCCCGUCAUCGUGCCCGUGCUCACUCUAUCCAGAUCAUGAAAGUUGAGGAGAUUGCUGCUAGCAAGUGCCGUAGGCCAGCAGUCAAGCAGUUCCAUGAUUCUAAAAUCAAGUUCCCUCUGCCACACAGAGUUCUGCGUCGCCAGCACAAACCGCGUUUCACCACCAAGAGACCAAAUACUUUCUUUUAAAUACGAAAACGUGCUGUCAACUCUGUGUUGUAAUAAAGGUCUUAUUUGAA